AUGGCAACAACGUCAGCAUCGACUGCCCUUCUGCGCACCACCACCGGAGAUCGCACGGCUUCAGACCCCUUGGAGGCGGUGGAACCGCACAACGAGAACGGCGGAGAAGAGAGGAUUUUUGGAUUCAGUAGAACACCUACUUUGCCGAAGAAAAUGAUCGUUCCGCUUGAUGAUGCUCUUUCGGGGGCCACUCAGAAAGCGAUGGCUGACGUCGUGACGGCUCAACAUAAAGCGAGGGGAGGUAUUUUCCGGUUUUUUGGGGAGGGUAAGCGACGGGCAAGGGAAGAACUUCUUCAGCUAAGCGGGUUGGAAAACGAUCGAACAGCCCGCCAAUUUGUGAAACAGCUGCACGCGAUGGACGCAGACGGCAGGGGUGGCGUGUUUAAAAAGUGGCGGGCCGAGGGAAAAUCGCCAACUGAGAUGGCUCAACUGUUUCGGAAAGCUGGCGCGGCCAAGGGAAAACGUCUGAAGGAGGUGGUCGGUGUGUACCAUACGUACAAGUACGACAUGGACACUUUCAAGAAAUUGACGAAGAACUGGAAUGUGUACCCUAAAAUUUGA